AUGACUACCCGCAACAAGAAAGUCCUUCUGAAGGUCAUAAUUCUCGGCGACAGUGGCGUCGGCAAGACCAGUCUGAUGAAUCAAUACGUCAACAAGAAGUUCAGCGCAAGUUACAAAGCUACGAUAGGCGCAGAUUUUCUCACGAAAGAGGUGUUGAUAGAUGACAGACUGGUGACCAUGCAGCUAUGGGACACUGCUGGUCAAGAACGAUUUCAGUCAUUAGGAGUUGCGUUCUACCGAGGCGCGGACUGUUGUGUACUGGUCUAUGAUGUCAACAACUCCAAGAGUUUCGAUACACUAGACAGCUGGCGAGAUGAAUUCUUGGUUCAGGCCAGUCCUAUGGACCCGGAAAGCUUUCCAUUUGUCGUGAUAGGCAACAAGAUUGAUAUGGGCGAGGAGAAGCGGGUGGUAUGUGUUUCUGUCAUUAUGCUAUUGAAGGGCGUCAUAGCUGACAGACUCAAGAUUUCGGCAAAGCGUGCAUCCACAUUCUGCCAAUCAAAAGGCGGCAUACCAUAUUUCGAAACGAGUGCAAAGGAAGCCUUGAACGUAGAAGACGCAUUCGAAGUUAUCGCCCGACAAGCCCUCGCCCAAGAAGAAGCCGGGGACUUCAGCAACGACUUUCCCGAUACCACGAUUGACGUGAAUCGCGACUAUCCUGACCAAGGAUGUUCUUGUUAGAUAGCUUGUAGACGUAAUGGGUUGGAGCAGCAUAUCCUGGGAGGUCAUAGACGGCUUUCAAUCAUGGCCCAAGGCGUUUGCAUGGGAAUUUAGCUAUGGAUCGAACGUGUGCGAAUGUUUAUGUCUAAAGGACCUGUGAGCAAACAUUGUAUAUACUGUUCUCAGUAUCGUAAUUUGAGUUCUUAAUGUCACGUCACCAUAUCGCUAUCUUGGUGUUUGAUGAGAUGUUGCAUAAUGCGUAGCAUAACUGUGCCAUCCGUCAAAGGAGAAAAGUAGUCCAAGGGAUCAUUUACACAUACCAGGUCAGCGAGAAGCU